AUGAGGCUUCUCCGCCGCGUCACCGUCGAUGCGAUUACUGGAGCUAAUCGCCGGCGAUACGCUACCAAAUACGUCGCCAAGGUCACUUCAUCAUCUCCCUCCGGUAGAUCUCUCUCCGCUGAAGUUUCUCUUCCUAAUCCUCUUCCCACCGACGUACGAGGUUACACUCUUCCUCGCCGUCAUCUAAUCUGCAAAGCCACCAAUCUCCUUCUCCGUCACCGUGAAGACAUCGGAACCACCGACAAUGCUUUCUCUGACCUUUCAGAUUACCUGUCUUCACUUUCACUCUCACUCACUCCAGACGAAGCUUCAGAGAUUCUCAAAUCCCUAACCUCUCCUCGUCUCGCCGUCGAAUUCUUCAACUUCGUUCCUUCUGUUUGCCCUAACUCUCACACUGAUCCAUUCCUCUACAAUCGCAUCAUCUUAAUCCUCUCUAGAUCAAAUCUCACAGACAGAUUCGAUCGUGUUCGCUCGAUUCUCGAUCUCAUGGUGAAAUCUAACGUCAGAGGUAACAUAUCCACCGUGAAUAUCUUGAUCGGAUUCUUCGGAAACACCGAAGAUUUGGAAAUGUGUUUGAGUUUGGUGAAGAAAUGGGAAUUGAAGAUGAACUCUUUCACUUACAAAUGUUUGCUUCAAGCUUACUUAAGAUCUCGUGAUUCUUCAAAAGCUUUUGAUGUGUAUUGUGAGAUUAGAAGAGGAGGACAUAAACUCGAUGUUUUCGCUUACAAUAUGUUGAUUGAUGCUUUAGCUAAAGAUCAAAAGAUUGAUCAGGCUUGUCAAGUUUUCGAAGAUAUGAAGAAGAGACAUUGUAGAGGAGAUGAGUAUUCGUAUACGAUUAUGAUCAGAACAAUGGGAAGGAUUGGGAGAUAUAACGAAGCUGUUUCUUUGUUUAAUGAGAUGAUUACUCAAGGGCUUACUCUUAAUGUGGUUGGUUAUAAUACUUUGAUGCAAGUUCUUGCGAAAGGUAAAAUGGUUGAUAAGGCGAUUCAGGUCUUCUCGAAGAUGUUGGAAACUGGUAUUCGACCUAAUGAGUAUACGUAUAGUCUGAUUUUGAAUCUUUUAGUAGCUGAAGGUCAGCUUGUGAAGUUAGAUGGAAUCGUGGAGAUGUCGAAAAGUUAUAUGACUCAGGGGAUUUACUCGUAUUUGGUUAGAACGUUGAGCAAAUUAGGGCAUGUAAGUGAGGCUCAUCGGUUAUUUUGUGAUAUGUGGAACUUCCCUGUGAAAGGAGAGAGAGACAGUUACAUGUCGAUGUUAGAGAGUUUGUGCGGUGCUGGUAAAACCGUUGAAGCUAUAGAGAUGUUGAGCAAGAUUCAUGAAAAAGGUGUGGUUACUGAUACUAUGAUGUACAACACUGUGUUCUCUGCGCUCGGGAAGCUAAAGCAAAUAUCUCAUAUUCAUGAUCUCUUCGAGAAAAUGAAAAAAGACGGUCCUUCUCCAGAUAUAUUCACAUACAAUAUACUUAUCUCCAGUUUCGGUCGGGUAGGAGAAGUUGAUGAGGCUAUUAAGAUCUUCGAGGAGCUUGAGAACAGUGACUGUAAACCGGACAUUGUUUCUUACAACUCUUUGAUUAAUUGUUUGGGGAAGAACGGUGAUGUUGAUGAAGCACAUGUAAGAUUCAAGGAGAUGCAAGAAAAAGACUUAAACCCUGAUGUGGUCACAUACAGCACUCUGAUUGAAUGCUUUGGGAAAACAGAGAGAGUCGAAAUGGCAUAUAGAUUGUUCGAAGAAAUGCUUGUUAAAGGGUGUCAACCGAACAUUGUGACGUACAACAUAUUGCUUGAUUGUCUAGAAAAGAGCGGGAGAACCGCUGAAGCAGUUGAUCUGUACACAAAGAUGAAACAACAAGGACUCACGCCAGAUUCCAUUACUUACACUGUGCUUGAACGGUUGCAAUCUGGCUCUCACGGAAAAUCAAGGAUCCGUAGGAAGAAUCCGAUAACAGGUUGGGUAGUCAGCCCUUUAUAG